AUGAUUACAAAAAACUUUCCCCCAAAAAAAAAAAAAAAAAGGAUUUACAAAGAUAAUAGAGACUCAGGUAAAUCAUUGGUUUUGGAUGGUAAGAGUGAUUAUUUAUCAAGUUCAAUUAUAAUUGGAUUUGAUACAUUUAAUGUAAUUAUUGAUACAACUUUAAAUUAUUUAAUUGUUGCUGAAAGAAAAUGUGAUGGUUGUACUCAAUAUCCACCUUAUUAUAGAGAAUCUCAAGUUUUUGAAAAUAUUCAAUGUGAUUCUCCUGCUUGUCAUUCAAUUGGUAAUACUUGUGAUAAACCAAAUAAAUAUGAUCCACCAACAUGUGGUUAUGAAACAAAACUUCAACAAUAUGGUGCCAAUAUAAAAACAAUUUUAUACAGAGAUAUAAUAUCAAUAGAUGAUUUUAAAAAUAUACCAGUUAUCAUAUCUGCAAUUUAUGAACAAAGGAAUGGUUUAUCAUUAAAUUCUGCAAUUUUAGGUGUUGGUCCAAGUUGUUCAACAUGCCCACCAAGUCCAUUACAAUCAUUAUUAUAUACUUUAAAGAAACCAUAUAUUUUUGGAAUUUCAUUAGAUAAGAAUUAUUUUGGUGGUAUUUCAAUUGGUAAAAUUGAUCCAUUAUUAUAUACUGGUGUUAUUAAUUAUACAACUAUGAGUAAAAGAGAUGGAGUUUAUUCAGUAUCUCCAAUUUUUAUUGGGUCACAUUGGAAUGAUCAAAUAUAUAAUUCAACUCGUAAUGAUAUUAAAAGAUUUAUUAUUUCAUCCUCUUCAUCACUUUCCUAUAUUCCAACUUCACCAUAUAAACAAUUAAAACAAUUUAUAAAAUCUGCAGGUUGCAAAUCUGGUGAUUUAGAUUUUUGUUCAAAAAUUGAUUCAUUAUUUAAUUCUUGUAUAAAUUCAAGUCAAAUUUCAAUUAGUAGGUUCCCAGAUAUUGAUCUUUACUUUGAAAAAGGUUUUAUUUUAACAAUUCCACCAAAAAUCUAUUUCCAUUCAAUUUCUAGAAACAACCAAGUUUUUAUUUGUAUGGGUAUUUUGGAAUCAACAGACACAAACGCAAUUUUGGGUAUAAAUUUAAUGAGAGAACUUUAUACAGUUUUUGAUAAUGAGAAAACAUUAAUUGGUUUCUCCAGAAAAUAA